AUGAGCCGACAAAAUCAGCGCUAUCAGAGUCCAUUUGGUGCAGGCAGGCCCUCAAUUUUUGCCAAUACAAAACUCAGCGGCGGUCGGGUGACCAACGACCCAAACACCCCCACCACAAACUCCAACGUCGCUACGGCACCCGGUCAGCCUGCGGGUCGCCCCUCGGCCCAGACACCUAGUCGCACCCACGGCCAGCUCUCCCCCAAGCUCUCCGCCACCUUCAAUCCCAUAACCAAUAACAACACCCUCGCCCGCAAGAACAGCGGCAACGGCAACCACCUGGCCAUGAACAACACGGCCCCCGCCGGUACCCUUGCCGGUAUAGCCCGCUUGGUCGCGUCCGCUGUCGGCAGCAACGGCACUGUCAGCGGCGGGUCCGCUGGCCUCUCCGUUAUCGGCGCCGCCACCCGCGGCGGCCCUGGCGGCGGCUUGGCCGCCACCCUCCCGGCCGGCCGCGCCUCCAACGGCCCCCUUAACGGCGUCGCCGCGGCCAGCGGCACUGCCAACGCAUCCCGCCCGCCGACUGGCAACGGCCUGACGGCGGCAAGUCGUACAGCAUCCUCCGUACCAGGCUUGGCUUUUUCCGUCGGUUCUAAUCAGUCUAUGGGCAGUCGAAGCUACCAAGAGGACUACCGCGCUAUCUGUGACGCCAGCUCUACACCAGGGCUCAACAACCUACCCAACAUGCUGCUUGGCGUUGCGGUGUACGACGGCCACGGCGGCAAACAAGUUUCCCACUGGCUCGCGUCGUCGUACUGCUUGCUCAAUCGCGCCAUGGAAGCCGUACAGCAGCUCAUAUCCAACGGCGACAGUCCGACUGACGUGGCUGCCGUACUGGAGGAUGUGUUCAUAACCUGCGGGAACGCAGCCAUUGCCUCGCGAAUGACGGCGGGGUCGUGCGUCGCAAUGGCGUUGCUCGUCCAGCAGGCGGGUGUCCCGUGGGUCUUAUCAGCCAACGUGGGCGACAGCCGUACAGUCAUUGUUAGUUGGGACGAGCACGAGGCUGGCGGGCGGCCCGAGGCGAUGCAACUGUCCGUUGACCAUAAACUGGGGCCCGCGAAGACGAGCGAGGAGACGAGACGUGUUCAGGCCGCCGGCGGCACUGUCAUCCAACUGUUUGGUACCUGGCGCAUCGACGGCAGUUUGGCGGUGGCGCGUGCCAUUGGCGACAGCGAGUUCUCCCGCUAUGUAUCCUGUCGUCCAACGGUCAACUGUCGGCAGUUGAUGCGACGGGACCGUUGGCUGGUGAUUGCCUCGGACGGGCUGUGGUACGCAGCGAAGCUCUGCGAAGCUAAGCGCAGCAUCAAAGCCACAGCGUACUGGUCCAUCUUCGACGUGUUGCUCGUAAAAGGCGUUGUGAACCUCGUCUGCACCGUUUGCAACAAGUCCUAUAGCGCGAAGAACCCGUCAGCUGUCUGCCCGGAUCACUAUGCGAAGCACCAGAAGGACGUCGCCAGCGCGGACGUGAUGACUAACGACGAAGUGGCCAUGUUUUGUAAGGCCCAACAGCAGCUCACAGCGGCCAAGCUGUCAGAGGCGCUCGUACGGGAGGCCGUACGCAAUCGUGGCUCUGGCGACAACACCACCGUUAUCGCCGUGUACUUGUUACAUAAAUCUGCGGGGACAGCGCACGCGCUGUACUUGAUGGCAUUCCUCACGCGCUGUGCGGAGUAGCGACGGGGUGUCUGUCUGUCUGUCUGUCUGUCCUGUUUGCCUACUUUUGUGUAUAUGUUGCUUACCUUCCGGACGAGUUGGCUUCUUUCCGGAUCUGAAAAGCUUUUGGCUUUGUUCGGGAUCUUGCAGUGCAAUGCAACAGAGUCUUGGGGUAGGACGUUGAAGUAAAUUAUUAGACGGCCCCACCGUCGAUGCGGCGUAUGCCGUGCCGCCAGUUAUGAAUUUCGCUCAGAGCAGAGUAUCCCAGCUGAGUUGCAAGCAGCAACAACAGCAGCAGCCUCUUGGCGGGAGAGCAGCGUAGCAACGACCACCGUGUUUGGAAGCUUCUCGGAACAUAGCCAAUUUCGAAUCCAUCGAGGGUGGUCCCAAGUAACGGGCUGGGAAACGAGGUAUAUGCAUGUUGUCCUUGCCUGCCCAGAGGUGUGUGUAUGUGUAAUAGUAAUGAACCG